CCCACGAUGUCGCAGGUCAAGGCCAAGAACGAUCCGCACACAGCGGAAUGUGACAUCUGGCACGGGUCAGGGUGGGCGAGCGGUAUACGACGGCACCAACAGAUAAAGACCGGCCAUUUGGCCGACACCCCCUCGACUCUCCUGGUGAUCUUUCCGCCACCAUGCCGCGCGACUCAAGCUCGCCCGCGCCCAAGCCGAAGCGGACAAGCGCAUGUCUCCACUGUCGAAGACAGAAGCUGAAGUGCGAUGGAGCGCCGGACAAACCCUGCAGCCGAUGCCGGGACGACAACGUCGAGUGCAUCGUGCGCCCGCGCGCGAACGCCGCAAUCCUCACGGACGACUUGAGGUGGCAACAAACCGUUGAGGCUCGGUUGCAGAGCCUGAGCAGCGAGAUAGAGGCUGUGAAGGCGCAGAACGCCGAGCUCCAGCGGCAGCUGCUAGAUACUUCACUGCACGCGGACACUUCUACGCCCAGGGCUGUGCCCUCGCCGCCCUCGCCGCCGAGUACGAUGCCGACAGCCACGCCGGCGCCGUUGCCCGCACAUCUUGGCACGCUGCGAGAUAUAUUGCAGCCGGCGUUGGCGGAGCUGGAGCGCCCGACUCCACUCGACGUGAGCAUUGACGACGCAGCCGUUCUCUGGGAGUACUUCUACGACUCGAUGGCCAUUUUCCAUGGCUUCACAGCGUCGACUGAGCUCGCCACGCCCUCCCCACUUCUCUUCACGGCCGUGGUGACGGCCUCAGCGAAGCGGCUAACUGGUCGGCGAAUGCGCACCCCAGUCGAGCGAUGGGAGGAACUGUUCCAGCGCGCUCUCGUGCGCCUCCUCUACGUGACCGUCCCAAAGACGUGGGAUGACGUCGUCGGGCUGGGUAUCGCUCGCACCUGGUUUUGGAAGGCGGACGAGAUCACCAGCGGACUUGUAUACGGCGCCUUCGUCGAGACGUCAACCCCCGACAGGGGUGACUUCCGCGACCGCCGCGUGUGGGACUUUAUCGAGAUGACGACCGUGUCGCACGGCAUUCUGCACCUCUCAGUGCCUAUCGUGCCGGAGACGCCGCCCCCCGGCGUUCCCGCCCGCGGCGCAAGCCACGUCCUUCUUUCAGCUCUCAACGAGCUGUUCGACAACUUGGGUCACCUGAACCGCGCCAUCACGAGCGCACGCUCUCUCGUCAUGACUGCCCUCAUGGGGCAGGGGGGUACCCAGCUGUCCUACGCCGAAGUGAUGGUACUCCGGCGCUGCCGCGACGAUUUGGAGACCUGGCGUCCGAAGUGGCUGUAUGAAAUACAAAACGCAGACGCCGCCAAGCUGCCCACCGGCAGCGAGCGCGAGUUUCUACUCGACCUCGUCCUCUUGUACUAUCGCGUCGCGUCGGUAGUCGUCGACGGAUAUCUGCAUCAGGCGGCGCAGCCAGAUGCGGCGCAAUACAUGACGAGCUGCCGCGAGUUGCUUGACCUCGUUGUAGGCAGGUGGAGCACCUCGCUGCAUCUGUGGCCCAAGCUGUUCUUGCACUCUGCGCUGGUCGCAGCCCUUGCUCUCCCCACAGAUGACGCCCUUGUGCGCCCUGCUCACGACCUCUUCGUCGCCCUUGCGCCCAUGCUGCUCACAUCGGGCAGUAAGCUACUCCAUCGGCUAAUGGAACGGAUGCAACAGGAGCAUGGCGUCGCGCCGCCGGUCGAAUCUACGUUCACGCCCAUCCCGGACCUUGACUUGCCCGCCGUCAUGGCAUAUACCGGAUCCGACUCGUUCUGGGCGGAUUUGAAUGGCGUGCUGGGUCUACCACAGACUGAUGUGCUCAGCACACCUUUGCAUGUAGAGGGGCAGUGGGCGCAGGUUUGGGGUAUGCGGCAGUAAGAUAAUAUGAUAGGCUGCAGGAAUAGGCCAUGCAUGCACUUUUGCGCUC